GCAUUUGAUGAUCCCUUCACUACUACGCUGAAGGAAGGACUGCCACUCGUACGUGCUGGAAAGCCCUCUCUCGGUUGAGCUCCCAGGUGUACCCAGGCCAGGUGUGCUGCUGAGGAACAACCUGCAUGAAGGAGAUGGAGAGAAGGAAAGGAAAGACUGAGAAGUAGACGAAAUCACAUUGGGAGGGAGGUGGUGGCCUACGCAACUUUUUCAUAUACUUGCCACCAAUGCUGUUGUGAAUCUUGAGCAGGAAAGAGAGAGUGAGAACCCAAGACGGAGGCGAAGAGAAAGAGGAGCAUAGGCCCUCUCUGUGGACGAGGGGAGUUACAGGCCAUUUGCAGCACUGGAAGGCGGCACGGUUAGCAAUCCGUGGUGGGUGAGAGGGUGACCACUGAGAGAGAGAGACGGGGACUGACCGAGAGCCCGAGGGGUGGCGGAGGAGGGGGAGGGGGAGGCGACGGCCCAGGAGGACCAGGGAAGCUUAUCUCCCAUGGCGACUGACCCCGGCGAGCCCACGGCCACCGAGGACUCCUCGGAGAAACCUGAUGGAGGGAGGGAGGAGGAGGCGGAGCAGGAGGGCCGCGGGAUGGACGCAUCGGCGGCGGUCGCGGCAGCGGCCCGGGAGCGAGAGCGCACGCGGAGCACCCCCUGCGACUUUCCCUCCUCCCAGACGCAGGAGAGGAGAGCGGGAGGAAGGGCAGCCGGAGGAGGAGAGGACGCCGGAGGAGACGCCGGGGCAGAUGGACCGGAGGCGCCCCGGAAUGCCCGCUCGCUUUCCUUCUCCACGCCCUCCUCCCCAACUGCCCUGCACCACCAGCACGCCCACCACCACCACCACCACCACCAGCAGAGCGGCCGGCUGAGGCGCGAGAACAAGCGCUUCUUCCGCAAGAGCGUCGAGAUCUGUGAGGAGGAGGACGAGCCGGAGGAGGCCGCGGCGGCAGCCGCAUCCGCCUCUGCGCCGGACACCCCGCAAAGUGCCCCCCACCUGCAGCUGCGCACCUCGGACUCCGUGUUCACCGCCACCGAUGCCCCCCAGCAGCAGCUUCCCGCCAGCGCCCAUGCGGCCCUUGGAGAGGAGGGUGCUCCCGACGGGGCAUCCCAGGACCCGGACAAGGCUGGCGGAGCAGCCCCGUCCACCCCCACACAACCAAAGGCCAAGGAGCGCGAGGAGCAAGAGGAGGAGGCCGAGAUGAAGGCUGUAGCCACCUCGCCCGGCGGCCGCUUCCUGAAAUUCGACAUCGAGCUCGGCCGAGGGGCCUUCAAAACGGUCUACAAAGGCCUGGACACGGAGACCUGGGUGGAAGUGGCCUGGUGUGAACUCCAGGAUCGCAAGUUGACCAAGGCGGAGCAGCAGCGCUUCAAGGAGGAGGCGGAGAUGCUGAAGGGCCUGCAGCACCCCAACAUCGUGCGCUUCUAUGAUUCCUGGGAGUCGGUUCUCCGCGGCAAAAAGUGCAUCGUCCUCGUCACCGAGCUCAUGACAUCAGGAACGCUAAAAACCUAUUUGAAGCGCUUUAAGGUGAUGAAGCCCAAGGUGCUGCGCAGCUGGUGCAGGCAGAUCCUGAAGGGCCUCCAUUUCCUGCACACACGCACGCCCCCCAUUGUGCACCGAGACCUCAAGUGCGACAACAUCUUCAUCACCGGGCCAACGGGCUCGGUGAAGAUCGGCGACCUCGGCCUGGCCACGCUCAUGCGCACCUCCUUUGCUAAGAGCGUCAUCGGCACCCCUGAGUUCAUGGCUCCUGAGAUGUAUGAGGAGCACUAUGAUGAGUCAGUGGAUGUCUACGCCUUUGGCAUGUGCAUGCUGGAGAUGGCCACCUCUGAGUAUCCAUACUCCGAGUGCCAGAAUGCUGCUCAAAUCUACCGCAAAGUCACCAGUGGUAUCAAACCAGCCAGUUUUGACAAGGUGAACGACCCAGAGAUUAAGGAAAUCAUCGAGGGCUGCAUUCGGCAGAACAGGACCGAGCGACUCUCUGUCAAGGACCUGCUGAACCACGCGUUCUUCGGUGAGGACACGGGAGUGCGGGUGGAGCUGGCGGAGGAGGACACAGGCUGCCAGGACUGCCUGGCGCUGCGCAUCUGGGUGGAGGAUCCCAAGAAGCUGAAGGGCAAGCACAAGGACAAUGAGGCCAUCGAGUUCAGCUACGACCUGGAGAACGACAGCGCCGAGGAAGUGGCACUGGAAAUGGUGAAAUCGGGCUUCUUCCACGAGAGCGAUGCCAAAGUGGUGAGCAAGUCCAUCCGCGACCGGGUCACUCUCAUCAAGAAGUCUCGCGAGCGGCGGCAGCAGCAGCAGCUCCUGCAACAACAACAACAGCAGCAGCAGCAGCAGCAGCAACAGCAGCAACAGCCUGGUGUUCUGGAGGAGAGGAGAGACUCCACCUUCACCUCCUCGUCCUACUCCUGCUCCCACCCCUCUUGCCCCUCCUCCAUGGGCCCGGCGGCCGCGGCCAGCGCUGUGGGGGCCACCGGGGGCCACGCCGGGGAGGCAGAGGAGCUGCCAGAGGUGGACCAGCACGUCAGACAGCAGCAGCAGAUCCACAGCACUGUAUCUGGCCUAACAGAGGGGGAGAGCAUCUCUGCAGCAAGCUGUGAGUCCUUUACAAGUGGAACGAACCAAGUCCUGCUCCCACAGGGGGAGUCUGGGAGCCCAUACGCGCCUGCUCAGGCCAGCUACCCAUCGGCCCCAACUGCAGUGCAGAGUGCAGGGGUUCUGUCCCACCCCCAGAUGCUCCCUAUUGGUCAGAGCGGAGGGGAUCCAAACAUGCCUACUGGCCAGAGUGGUGGAAUGUCUGGCAUGUCCAUUGGCCAAAGUGGUGGUGGGGCUCCAAACAUGCCAGUGGCUCAUAGUUUCAUUCAGCCAGUCACUAUGGCAACACAGGUCUCAUCAAGCGUACUGCAGCAGUAUCCCCAGUCCCUUCAGACAUACCCACCCAAUGUCACCCAAAUGCUUCCCUCUCAAUCCAUGGAGAGCACUACUCCACAUACCUCCAUAGUUCAGUCGCAGUCCUACAUCCCCCCUGUCUCACCCCAGGCCCCUAUGAGCAUACUCGCUGCUCCCACGUCAGUUGGAGAUCCCACGGGAUCGGUAGGAGCAUUCCCACUCGCACAGCAAAAUCAGCCCGCACCUUUUCAGCAUGAAGCGCUGCCCCAGCAAACACAGCAAGCCAUAGUUCAGCAGCAACAGCAGGCGGCGUUGGAAGCCCCGACAGCCCUAUUGCAGCACCAGCCGACAAAUGUGAUAACGCAGCCUCAAGCUGUUCUGAUACAGCAACAGAUCGAGCAGACGCCGCAGCAAGAGGUUUCGUUGUCGCAGCCACUGCAUGCUAACGCGGGAAUACCGCAGCAGGCUGAAGCACUUCUCAUUCCCCAGCAGCAGCAGCAGCAGCAGCCCAGCCACGGCUCAGCACAGCAGUCCUAUGUGCCACCUCUGCCACAGCAGCAGGUUCUGCCGCAAUCGAUGGAGACACAAACACAGCAAACCUACAUGCAGCCACACCCAGGGUUGCCACAGCAACAACCUGUGAUGCAGCAUACACAACAGCACCAUCCCCAGCAAGCCAUUUUGCAACAGCCAUCAAGUGAACAGCAGCAAUCCAUGAUUUUGCAACAUCAGAUAGAGCAGCAGCAGGUCUUUGUACCACCACAGCCUGAGCCACAAGGGCAGAUACAGCAGCAACCCACCCACCACCAACAACAAGCUCUGCUACUGCAGCAACAGAUCGAACAGCAGCAUCAGCAGCAGGCCAUGCUACUACAGCAGCAACUUGAGCAACAGCAGCAGCAGCAAAGCUACCUGCAACAGCAACAACACCAACAGCAACAGAUAGAGCAACAACAGCAGCUGCUGCUACAGCAACAAAAGGCUCAGCUGCAGCAACAGAUAGAGCAACCACAGGUUCUGCUUCCACAGCAGAUUGAUCAACAACAGCAAUCUCUUCUACAGCAACAGCAGAUAGAGCAACAGCAAAAGCAGGCCUUAUUACAGCAGCAAAAGGAGCAACAGCAAGCCCUGUUACACCAACAGCAGUUAGAGCAACAGCAACAACAGGCAUUAUUGCAACAAAAGCUGGAACUGGAAAAACAGCAGCAACAGGCGAUGUUGCAACAGCAGCAGCAGCAUCAAAUCGAGCAACAACAGCAGGCUGCUCUGCAACAACAGCUAGAGCAGCAACAGCAACAACAAGCUUUAUUAAAGCAGCAGUUAGAGCAACAGCAGCAGGCUAUGUUACAACAACAGAGGGAACAACACCAACAGCAGCAGUUGGAGCUCCAGCAGCAGCAACAGCAGGCCUUACUGCAGCAGCAAAGAGAACAACAGAUCCAACAGCAAGUCCUGAUGCAGCAGCAGCAGCAGCAGGCUUUAUUCCAACAGCAAAAGCUUGAGCAACAGCAGGCUUUACUGAUGCAACAGCAGGCCGAGCCGCAACCACAGGUUUUGCUACAGCAGCAGCAGAUGGAGCAGGCUGCAGCUGUGGUCCAGCAUCACAGUGGACCCCAGCAUAUUGAGAAAAUCGACCCUGUGUCCGCACAACUCCCAAAUGAACAGCAGGUGAUGCAGCAGCAGAUAAGUCAGCAGCCAUCAUGUGUUGUCCAACAGCAGACAGCGGUGCCUCACCAGCUGCACUCAAGCCUCACUCAGCAGCAAAUAGAGCAGCAACAGCAGGCAUUGGGCCUGAUACAGCAACAGCAAGCUCUGCUCUCCCAGCAGCAGCAGCAGCAUAGAAGCUCCGUGGUGGAGGCUCAGAUCUCUGGCAUUGUUCAAGCAGCCCCAGCAGAGGUCACAGCUCAAGUCCCAGGACAGGUUCAGGCUGCAGCUCACAUUCAACCCCAGGUUCCACUCCAGGCUGCUGUCCAGCCUCAAAUCCAUCCGGUACCAAGCCAGAGCCACGGGGAGAUCCACCUUCAGAACCAAGGGCACACCAUCUCGCAAGUGCAGCCGCAGGCAUUUAUACCAACCCAGAUGCAAGCAGCCUCUCAACCAAUGGCUCAGCCUCAAGUGAGCCAACCCCAGGUUCUCCUCCAGUCUACCCAAGUGCAGGCCCCCAUGCCGACCCAGGUAGCACUGCAGCCACAGAUACAAGCUCAAGCAUUUGCUCAGACCCAUGCAGCCCCUCCGAUGCAGCCUCAGGGACAGGUGUUGCCAGUCCCUGCUCAAAUUUUGUCCGUGGCACCUAUGCCAGGGCCCAUCCAACUUGACCAGACAGUGGCCCCCAGUGUGUCGAUGCCCACACCAAUACAAACACAACAACAGGCCCCUGUCGCAACAUUGCCAUCACAGUACGCCCAAGCAGCGCAGCCAGUGCAAUCAACAAUUCAGUCAGUCCAAUCAGACCUCACCCAAUCCAUGCAACAACAACCGGUGGUGCAGUACCAACAAAUGAUGCUGUCUCCAGGGGCGAUCGCUGCUGUUGUCACUACAGCACCCACAGUCGGCCCUGCUUCCAUAAGCACAACGCAACAAUUUGCACAGCAGGGUAGUCAGACACACAUCCAGAGCCAGGUGCAGCCGCAGCACGUCAUCCAAGCCCAGCAUCAGCCCCUGAACACAGGCGUGCCCCCAGUGGUGCAGCCCCUGCCUCCGGUACAGCCCAUGGCAACACAGCAGUAUGAGCCUCCACAGCAGCUGCAGCCAGCUCCACAGGUCCCACAGCAGCAGCAGCAGAUACUUCAGACGGCUUCAGCAGCGCAGCCUUUCAUGCAGCAGCAAAGCAUCCCCACGCAGCAUGCUGUGGUUCCCCAAGAGCUCCCCUGUCAGCCCCAGCCCCCUCCCCAGCCAACGCCCCAUCCCUCUACCCAGCCAACGCCCCAGCCCUCUACCCAGCCAACGCCCCAUCCCUCUACACAGCCAACGCCCCAUCCCUCUACACAGCCAAUGCCCCAGCCCCCUACACAGCCCCUGGCCCAUCCCAGAGUUCUCCCUCUGUAUAGUCAGGUUGUUGCAGGCACUCCACCACCAUCCCCUCAACACCAUGUCCCCCAGGCCACUCUGCCUGCCCACACGCACACUCAGACCAGCGGUCAGACCCAGACCCACACCCACACCCAGACCCACUCCCACUUCCACACGCAGACGCUCGUGGAGCCAGGAGCGGGAUCCGAGCAGCCUCUUUAUCCACACACGGCCUUCCCGCCUCAGCAGUUACCCCAGAGUCCAUCUCGUGCCACCGCUUAUCUCCCCACCUCUCUGCCGGCCCCUCACCCUGCUGUCCCUGCCCCCGAGUGCCCUGGCCAAGCUGAGGUACCCACGGCCCAGCUGGCGGUGACUGACGUGGUCCCCACAUCCCCAACUUCUGCCACUGCUUUCCAGACCCUCGGCUCUAACGGUCCCUCGCUGCCCCCAACCUCUCUAGCAGAAUGUGACCCCGCUCUGCUGGGUAUUGCUCAGGAGAGUCAAGGCCAGUUUGUCAACAAACAUACAUCAUCUGGCUCUGCCCCGGCCAAUGGAGAAGAAUCUCAACUGUUGUGGGCCAAUGGAAAACUGGUUGAUAGGUUGAAGGCACAGAGGAGAUCAUCCUAUCAGAGGACAGACAAGACAACUCAUUUCCAGCUAACCAUGAUGCAGGUGUCCAACACUGGAGACAACUUGGUGGAAUGCCAGCUGGAGACUCACAGUAACAAAAUGGUCACCUUCAAGUUUGACGCUGAGGGUGACGCACCAGAAGAUAUUGCAGAUUACAUGGUGGAGGAGGACUUUGUCCUUGAAUCGGAGAAGGUGAAAUUUGUUGAGGACCUAAGGACCAUAGUAAAGAAAGCUCUGGAAAUCCUUCCAACACAGUCACAGACAGGGUCAAUGGAACAGCUGCAUGUGAGCACCCCAGGAGGUUCAUCAAUGGAUUCCGCCCCACAAGCAUCUCCAGUGGGCCGCUGGCGAUUCUUCAUCAACCAGACAAUCCGGCAGCGGGACUCUCAGUCAAACCAGGGAGCCUCCACGCCGCCCCCAUGUGGAGAGAGCCGGUCCCUACAGACUGUCGAGUCUGACAAAGAUCGCGAGGGAUCGCAGCGGUCCGAGUCCUUCUCUGGGAUAGCCUCCCCUCCCUGCCCUGUGCUGUCUGCCUCCUCCCCUCCGAUCUCCACCAUGUCUGCCCCUGCCUCUAUGUCUGCCCCAGCCACUGCCGCCCCUGCUCCUGACACUACUGCCUCGGACUCGAUCUCUGCCCCAGCUUCUGCAGUAGUUCACCACCUCCCCCCAGCCUCUGCUGCCUGCGACACACCAGCUGUCCUCCCCGUAGCCGUACCUGACCAGGCCUCCGGUAGCACGAGCUUAGCCCGCGUGCCCGCCGCUGUCCUGCCUGGCCAGAUCAUAGUCCCGGUCAGUGCCCCUCUGUCUGCUGCUGAGGCUGUGGUCACUCCUGCCUCCAGCAUAGGCUCGUCCAUCGGGCUCGGGGUGGCCGAAGCCCCCCUAGGGCAGUGCAUGUCCGAGGGGGAGCAGCGUACGUCGCUGUCCUCCUCCUCCAGUCAUGCUCCCUCUCCAGCUCCCCCAGUCAGCCACGCUGGCCUCCCGCCAGAGCGAGCGCAAGCCCUUCCGCAGGGGCCAGCUGUUCAGCCAGUCCAGCUCCCUGUGGCGGCACUGGAGCCGACUCCUUACGCUCAGCAGGCAGCGCUGCAGCUUCAAAUGCAACAGCAGCUUCUAUUACAGCAACAGGUCCUGCAGCAGCAGCAGCAGCAGCAACAGACAAUCCAGCAGCCUCUCCCAGCCCAGCCCCAGCCCCAGCCCCAGCCCCAGCCUGCUCUCACAGGGCAGGUAAAGCCUGCUGUGGCACAGGAGCUCAAGCCACAGUACACCCCGCCCUUACAGAUGCAGCAGCCUCUGUUGCAGAAAGUGCAGCAGCAGCAGCAGCAGCAGCAGCAAGUGGUCCUGCAGCCAGGCCCGCUAGCCCAGUCGCAGCCACAGCCACAGCUGCAGCAGGCCCCCCCUGAGCAGCUGCAGUCCCUUCAGCAGCAGCAGCAGCAGCAGCAGCAGCAGGCGGUACAGCUUCCGCCCCAGCCGCAGCUCCUACAGCAGCGGGUUCAGCCCAGCGCAGAGCAGCUCAAGCGCAGGCUCAGCUCCAGCAGCCUCUUGUGCAGUCGCAGGCACAUGCAGCAGUUUGUUCCAGAGCUGCAGCAGCAACAGCAGCAGCAGCAGCUCAGGCCACAAAUUCAGCAGACCCCCGUUCAGCAGCCGCUACCCCUAGAGCAGACCCCCCAGCAUACAGUCCAGGCCCAGCUGCCACUGUCCCAGCCCUUACCCCUAGAGCAGCAGCAGCAGCAGCCCAUGCCGCAGCCCGUGCCUCCAGCCCCCCAGCCUCUACAGAAGCAGCCCUCCUUCCAGCAGUCCGAGUCGGAGCUCUCCACAGGCGAGGCCAGCGUUACCGAUGACCCCUCGGGCUACCAGCACGCGCCCCAGGUGCCGCCCUCGUCCUCCGACGCCUCUCUGCCCCAGCUGCCCCUCAGCUCGUCUGAGGCCGCUCCGCUCCCGGCGCUGACCCACACGCUCACCCCUUCCCCUGCCCAGCCGUCCUCGGUAGCCGAGUCCGACAGCGAAGGGCCGCCCAAAAUCGAGUUUGUGGACAACCGCAUAAAGACCCUGGACGAGAAGCUGAGGAACCUGUUGUAUCAGGAGUACAGUGGUGGCGGCGGCGGAGGGGCGGCGCCCGGUGGAGUUGGGGGCGGAGCCUCCGCAGGCUCCUCUGCUGUCCCCGGCAACGCCUCCUCCUCGUCGACCGGAGCGGCGGCGCUCUCGGCCUCGGCGGGUGGGGAGGAGUCGUCGGAGCCCCAUUCGCUCCCCGCCGUCGCUCCCUCCUCCUCCUCCUACCCCCCAGCCUCCUCCUCCUCUGACACCUCCCCUCACUCCUCCACCUCCAGCACCUCCUCCACCACCCCGCGCUCCUCCUCCACCUCCCCUGACCUGGACAGGGCCCGCCACGCGGACCGAGCUCAGCAGGCCCUGGCCAGCCCUCCUGCUUCCGCUGCCGUUGCCCCUGUGGAGCACCAGCCUGCCCCCUCCUUCUCCUCCUCCUCCUCCACCCCUCCCUGCUCCCUCCUGUCUCCCCCACAUGGACAGGCAGCUGUGCCUCCUCCAAGUGAACCCAAAGUUCCCGCUGCCCCCCCCCUCUCUGACAGGAGUGCUUCGGGAGACGCCUCGUGGCCCCCGGCCCCCGCGCCGCCGCGGAUCCCCAUCGGCCCCGGAGCCCCGGCGCAGCACAAUGCAGGAGGUGGAUAUUUUGGCCUAAACCUGACAUGUCCUAGUAUCAGAAAUCCCGUUAGCAAGAAAUCCUGGACUCGCAAAUUCAAAAGCUGGGCGUGCAAACUGCGCCACUCCGCCAGCUUGUUCAAGAAGCCCAGAGUCCAGCAAGAUGGGAACUCCAGCAGUCAGGCUGCGAAGGAGGAGAGAGAGAGCGUUGGCAAGGUCCCGCAGCAGUCGUGGCGCGGGCGUUUCCAGGUCACUCCAGUACCCCAGGCCUCUGAACCCUCUCCCCCCAGCACGACUCCUGCCAGCCAGGGCAGCAGGCACAGGAAAGUGGGGCGCUUCUCCGUCACCCAGGCCGAGGCCAAGGCCGAGCGCCAGACGGACAGCUCGCCGGUCUCUCCUGACCUGGAGCUCGGCGAGAGGAGGAGAGCAAAGGGCGAGAGGGACGAGGGCAAGAGGACGCCCGUGCCCCCUCACCACCAGGCCCGAGUGCACGCCCACUCGCCACUGGUCAGCAGCGACGAAGAGAGCGAGCUGGAGGACGAGGAGCUGCGGAGAGAGCUACACAAGCUCCGAGAAAAGCACAUCAAAGAGGUGGUGUCCCUGCAGGCGCAGCAGAACCGUGAGCUGCAGGACCUCUACAGGCAGCUGCGCUCCCUCAAAGACAGCCCCCAGCCUCUGCCGCUGGCGCGCACCCCGCCACUGCCCUCCUCGCUGCCCCCCGCCAUCUCCCCACGCCGGCCCCGGCCGGCCAAGACCAAGCUGCGGACCAGACCCCACUCCCACCUGGACAACAACGGGGUCACACACGCUGGCAUCCAACAGUCCAGUAGUUUCUCGGCCGGGGAGCAGGGCCAGCUUGCUCCGGCCCAGAGCCCAGCCAAUAAGAAGAGCACAUUUACAGAUGAGUUGCACAAGCUGGUAGACGAUUGGACGAAAGAGACGGUGGGCGUCGCCCAACCCAAACCCUCGCUCAAUCAGAUCAAACAGAUCCAGCAGGAGCAAGAAUUAGGUGGCUGGAAUCAACCUACCGAGAUUCAGCAGGCUGCCCCACCAGGCUGGUUCUCCGUGACCCCCCUGAGCCCGCAGCCAGUUGCACCCAGCGCAGGCCUCCCCACCAUGGCCCCUCCCAGUACCCCAGCGCGGGCCACCUCCCGCCCCAGGCCCCACCCCAGCCGCCGGCGCCGCCCCACGUGCCCCUGGUGGCCCCCCUACAGCUCCCCCCGCCAGGCCUCCACCUGUCGCCGUUGCAGCCGCUGCCCUUCCAGCCGCCGGCGCCCGCGCCGCUCCACCCGCUCCACCUGCAGCUGCGCCCCGGCCCUGUGGCCCUGGGCCAGCCCCCGCUCCCCAUCGCGCCCCUGCAGAUGCCACCCCCCGCACAGAUGCCACCCCAGAUGCCACCCCAGAUGCCUGCCUUACCCACCGGUGUGCCCGCCAGCAGGCCGCCGCCGCCGCCGCCGGGCCCCUGCUGCUCCACCACCACCCCCUCCACUCAGACCUCUGUGGCUGCGCCGCUGAUGCCUGGCACGGGCGCCCCCUCGGCCGCCGCCACUGUCGUCAGCGCCGUGGCCACCUCCGCUGCCGGGGCGCCUCCGGUC